AUGUCGCUCUCUAUCCGCAACGGUCUCGUCUACCUCCUUGCUGGUGCCAGCUGCAUCAACGCUGCAGCUAUCCAGCGUCGCGAUGAGAUUGCCCACGAUUCCGUCGUCGGCUUUCCCGAGACUGUUCCGGCCGGCGCAACCGGCGAGCUCUACGAGAAGUUCAAGCCCUUCUUGAAGGUUGAAUCCGGCUGUGUUCCCUUCCCCGCGGUUGACGCUUCGGGCAACACGAACGCCGGUCUCAACCCCACUGGCAGCUCGACCGGCGACUGCAGCAGCAGCCCGGGCCAAGUGUACGUGCGCGGCGCGCAAUCCGGAUCCAGCUACGCCCUCAUGUACUCGUGGUACAUGCCCAAGGACUCGCCGAGCACGGGGCUGGGCCACCGGCACGACUGGGAGGGCUGCGUCGUGUGGCUGAGCGACAACUCGUCGUCGGCGACGCUGCUGGGCGUCGCGGCGUCGGGCCACGGCGGCUACGAAACAAAGACCGACCCGGCCGUCAAGGCGGGCACGACGCGCCCGCUGAUCCGGUACUACAACAUCUACCCCGUCAACCACCAGAUGGGCUUCACCAGCACCGUCGGCGGCGAGCAGCCCAUGAUCGCCUGGGAGAGCCUGCCCGACGCCGCGCGCGAGGCGCUGCAGAACACCGACUUUGGCAGCGCGAACGUGCCGUUCAAGGAUGGAAACUUCGAGGCGAACCUGGUGAAGGCUGCGUUGUAG